AUGCUUCCUUCGCGCAUCCUGUUACAGCUCUAUAAACCGAAGCGUCCAUGGCCGCCAGACUUCUCAUUGCUGACACCUAAACACCAGUUCAGUCUGGAGCGACGGUAUAGACGUCGUGCGAAGCUGAAGUGGGCAAGGCCAAAGCUGCAAAAGUUUGUGAAGUCAAUGCAACUGGGUAGUAGCGUCUUGGUUAUAUGGUAUGCCGUAUUCUGGGCUGACUGGGGAAAUACCCAUCCGUUUGGUCCACUACGCGAGUGGGCCUCGGACUUGAAGAGCUCAUUCUGGUCCAUAGCCACUCCACCUCCACGCCCGGAAUUUUCUACACCAAGGGGGAGUUCCGAAAAAACCAGGUAG